AGAAAACUGAACAUGGCGCGAAGCUAAUGAAGUUUUUCCAGAAAAGGUUCUUUUAAAUUUUGUCUGUUUUCUGAACAGAACAGCCAUUAACGAGCCGGAAGUCAGUCAGUCUGAGAAAAAAGAGAGAGAGAGAUGCCGUUACUAAAGCUGAGAGAAGUAAGCAUCGAUUUCCCCUUCACUCCCUAUGAGUGUCAGAAGGAGUACAUGAGCAAAGUGCUUCAGUGUCUUCAGGAGAGAAAGAAUGGGGUUCUGGAGAGUCCUACAGGAACCGGUAAAACUCUGUGUCUGCUGUGUGCGACUCUGGCAUGGAGGGAGCGCUUCAGGGACACCAUCUCUGCUCGCAAGAUAGCAGAGAGGCUGAAAGGGAAGGAGUUGUUCCCGGACACACCACUGGCUUCCUGGGGGACGUCUGCUACUGACGGAGACAACCCAACCUACUAUAAUGACAUUCCUAAGAUCAUAUACGCCUCCAGGACACAUUCCCAGCUCGCACAGGUUAUCAACGAGUUAAAGAACACCUCCUACAGGCCCAAGGUGUGUGUGCUGGGCUCAAGAGAGCAGCUGUGUAUCAACCAGGAAGUGAUGCGUCAGGAGAGCAACCACAUCAAGGUCCACAUGUGCAGACAAAAAGUGUCGACCCGGUCGUGUGUGUUUUAUAACAAUGUUGAAGAGACGAGUACCGACAGGGACUUGGUUAACUCUAUCCUCGAUGUGGAGGAUUUGGUCAAAUAUGGCAGCAAACAAAGGGUCUGUCCGUACUACCUGAGCCGGUCUCUAAAGCAGCAAGCUGAUGUCAUCUUCAUGCCAUACAACUACCUGCUGGAUCCAAAGAGCCGCAGGGCGCACAAUAUCGAGCUGAAUGGAGCUGUGGUCAUUUUCGAUGAAGCUCACAAUGUGGAGAAGACGUGUGAAGAAUCAACAUCCUUUGACUUGACUCCGUAUGACGUUGCAUCUGCCAUUACGGCCGUAGACCGGCUCCUGACGGAGGAGGCUAACGAAGUCAGCCAAGGAGGCUCCAUCAAUGAAGAUUUCAACGUAGAGUCCCUGAGCUCAGGCUCAAAAUUAAACAUAACCACUAUUGCUAAAAUCAAACAAAUUCUGCUGGAUCUGGAAGCUGCCAUCGAUUCAUAUGACGUUCCAAGUGAAAAAGGCAUCACCAAACCUGGAAUCUUCAUCUAUGAGCUGCUGGAGAAAGCAUAUCUGACCGAACACACCAAGACAGACGUCCUCGAAGCUCUGGAGCAGAUCAUCGGACACUUUGCCGGAAAGCCAGGAAUAUUUCUCAGUACAGCGGGGCUACAGAAGCUGGUUGAUAUUAUUCAGUUGGUAUUCGUGGGAGAAAGCUCUGAUAAGGACAAACAAAAGCAGAGGGAGUUCAACACCGCCCAUUUCAAGGUUCACAUCCACCGUGAUAACAGCUUCCAGAAAAAAAAACAGACCUCUGAUUUGUGGUCUGCAUCGUCAUCAAAAAAACAAGGCAACAUCCUGAGUUACUGGUGCUUCUCCCCUGGAUUCAGCAUGCAGGAUCUAAAGAAACAAGGUGUUCGCUGCAUUAUUCUAACCAGCGGUACCCUCUCCCCUCUGACCUCCUUCACCUCAGAGAUGCAGAUAAAUUUUCCUGUGCUUCUUGAAAAUGGUCAUGUGAUCGACCGGGACCAGAUCUUUGUGAGUGUUGUUGACCGAGGCCCUGAUGGAGUUUUUCUGAGUUCAGCAUUUGAUCGAAGGUUUGACCCUGAUAACAUGGCAUCUUUAGGGAACACGGUGGCUAACCUCAGUCGUGUGGUUCCUCAUGGCCUCUUAGUGUUUUUUCCUUCCUUCCCUUUGAUGGAAAAAACUCUGGAGUUUUGGAGAGCUAACGGACACGCCAACCGCAUCGAGAACAUGAAGCCCAUGUUUGUUGAACCCAAAGGGAAGGGAACCUUUAAUGAGGUUAUUGAUGGCUAUUAUACCAAAGUGAAUGAUCCAGCAUCAAAAGGAGGAAGCUUCUUCGCUGUCUGUCGUGGGAAGGCCAGUGAAGGUUUGGAUUUUGCUGACACCUUUGGUCGCGGCGUCAUCAUCACCGGCCUGCCAUUUCCUCCCAAGUUUGACCCCAGAGUCAUCCUGAAGAUGCAGUUUUUGGACGAAAUGAGCCGGAAAAAAGCUCCAGGGUUAAAGUACUUGUCAGGGCAGCAGUGGUACAGGCAGCAGGCCUUCAGGGCGGUGAACCAGGCCAUCGGUAGAGUUAUUCGCCACAGGGAGGACUAUGGCGCCAUCUUUCUGUGUGAUCAAAGAUUUAAAAGCUCUGAGGCCAGAGCACAGCUUCCAUCGUGGGUCAAGCCUUACGUUCGCCAUUAUGACGGAUUUGGAAACAUUGUCCGUGAUGUGUCUCAGUUCUUCCGGGUUGCACAGAAAAUAAGGCCUGUUGUAGUGAAGGCGCCUGCACCAGAAACGUUUCCAACAGAAUCAUCUUCCAGCACUUCCAGUUUCUCCUCCUGCUCUUCCUCUGGAGGCCACCACGCUCAGAAGGCCAAGGCGCUGGAUGCACACCUCCCCAGCCUCAAGAGAAGAAAACUAGAUGACCACAGCAGGACCAAUGGACUUGCAAAGAUCUGCAUCGACUAUGAGGGAGAAGUGCAGGGGAGUCAGAGGAAACCGGCCAACCUGAUGGACGCUUUGGAGAGAGGUGACCGACACUGGGAACAGGACAGUGAGGCUGCUGGAGAGAAGGCAAGCCGCUUGUCCACACUGUCCCUUCAGUAUGAUAAGAGGAUGGAGGACGAGCUGCGGGGUGGGAAGCGUAAAAUAAAGUUGAUUCACGAGCAGAAAGUCAGCGUCUCUGAGGAUGUGCCAGAGGAGUGUAAAGCCGGCAAGGCCAAACAGUUCCUGGCAGACAUGAAGAAGACUCUGAGCAAGGUGAGCUUUGACCGCAUCGUUGAGGCUCUGCAAACUUACAAGAAGACGGACGACCUGGACAUCCUGCUGACUGAGACGGCUGUUUUAGCGGAGGACCCCAACACUCACAGCCUGCUGCGAGGCUUCUACCAGUUUGUUCGGCCGCAUCAUAAAAAAUCAUUUGAUGAGAAGUGCCAGGAGCUGACCGGACAGGGCUGCGGAUACAAACCAGAGCACUCGCUGUCGAAGGAUGAGAAGAAAGCGGCCAUCCUGCAGAGCGCUGAAGAGCGGCAGGCGGCCGGGCCUCUGAGCCUCUGUCAGCUCGACACGCAGCAGCUCAAUCAGGGAGGACGCCACCUGAGCCAGCAGGGAUUGAAAGCAGCUCCUGCAGGUUCUGAUCCAAAGAAUGAAGUCCACACAGCUUUCCUGGCCGAUGUGAAGAAAGCUCUGGGGGCUGAGAAGUCGGCUCAGCUCUUCCAGGCCAUCCGCAGCUACAAGAAGACGGACAACUACGAUGACUUGGUGGCGACGGUGGCCAGCCUGUUCACAGAGAGGGAGGAGAACUUCAACUUCCUCAUCAGGUUCAGCGUGUUUGUUCGGCCUCAUCAUAAGAAGAACUACAGAGAGAUGUUGGACGCUCUGAUGGGUCAGCCAAAUUCUGCCACCGAUAGUCCGACUCUCAGCGAGGAGCAGCAGAGGCCAGCUCUUCCGUCGUCUCCUCUCAAGACCCAAAGCAAGAUUUCCAGUUUUUUCUCCAGCAGCGAAAGAAAAUAGUCAGUCUGGUUCUAAAAAAAUGACUUUUCUUUGAGAUAAAUGUUCCUUUUUUUUAGUCAUGCUCUUCAGCACCAGUCAGGCUGAGUCUUCCUCUGUGAGGGAAAGAAAAGAACAUGAAGGUUUUCAUGUUUUCUGCCUAAUUAAAAAGAGGAAACCCUCUGAACUUUACAGUGGACAACCCUGAAACUUGGAGCGUCUUUCAGCAAACGUUUCCUAAAAUAGGAUUCCCAUUAAUCCGGA